UACAAUGUGCAAAAAUAAGAGAGGUGCAGACGAAGAGGUUUCUUGUAAACAUACACACAUCUGUAGUUGGGGUCAGUUAGAAGUGUGUGCAAAAACAGCAGCAGCUGAGUAAAAAACUGCAUGUAAACAGUUAGAAUAUGGGUGGUGCUGUUUGUGCGGGUUUUGGAACGCAGAUCUGGCAACCCUGUCCAGGAUACUGAAGAUGAAUGACUGAGCUGUCGUUAGUCCAUUUCUCUUUUAUUCCAAUGUAGGUCCAUAUUUACAGUUUCCACAUCGGAAACGUUUAUAUCGUUUAAAAAAAAGUGCGUGUUUAAUCAACGUAGAGACAGUCAGACUGUCAAUUAAGGUCCCGAGAUAUUCCCCGUGCCAUCCUAUUGUGCAGGAGUUGUGUAUUAUGAGUCCACCACAUCCGUACGUGAGCGUUAGUGUGAUUCUACAGCACCUCGUGAAUUAUGGAACAGCGCAGUCCCGUGCUUGAAAGUGCGCCGGCAUCAUUUGUGAGGCACGAGGCGGUUCCUGAGGAGGACCAAUUGAAAAUACCGAGCAAAGGGAGGAGGAAGAGUCCGAAGUGGGAGGGCGGUGUGAGUUGGGACAUGUCCUGCAGCGCUGUCAACGCGUCUUGUGCUCUUUAAAGCAUGAGAACGAGACGCGGGUCGUGAGUUUCACUGAUCCGACAUCCUCCGUGGCGUCCGUGCAUGCACGCGCAGUCGGGACCUGACUCUUCAAGAGCCGCAUCUCCAUCAGCUUUUUUCCCCUUCUUCUUCUCCUUCUUCUUUUUCACCUCCAUCCCUACACUGAGACUGGGCGAUAAAAGUGUCAGAGCUGCGGACUUUCCAGCUCUUGUCCAUCUGCGGAAGUGAAGAUGUAUCAGGGCCACUCUCAGGGGAAAGACUCGAGGGUGGUUGGCAUGAUGCUGAAGGAGUUCCCACGUAAGGCCUCCUCAGAUGGAAACCCCCUCCUCACCGUCACAACCAAGCUGGGUAGUGAGCACCAAGAGAGCCGGCCGUUGCUGAGUCCCUCCAUCGACGACUUCCAGAGCGAGAGCAAGAGUGAUGGAGCCACACGACCGGUCACCUCUAACACAGCAGUCAUCUCCACGGCACUGGAUCUGGUGGACCUGAGCGAGCCGUGUGAGAGGAGGUGGAGCUGGGACCGUCGCAGCCCUCGCGGCUCUUUCAAGAACAGCCUCCGCAGGAAGAAGACGGAUGAGACGGAGCUGAUCCAGGUGGAGGCCGAGCAGCUCUCGCCUGGACACCUGAACCCUGAGAGAGCCUCGCUGGACUCAAGUAAAUUGAGCAGCUCACCCCGGGACAGAUGGGACGAAGUGAGCCUUCACCCAGACAGCGCCUGGGACAGAGGGAGGAAGUGGAGGUACGAGAGAAAGAGGUGCACCUCACAUCACUCCUCCAGCGAGCUGCUCUGGUCUGCUGACUUCAAAAGCAACCUCUCGAACAAACACACUCUGGAGCUGAGCAUGAGCAUGGAGUCUGACCCCGGGCCUACGCCACAGCGGCCCAAGCUGAGACUGGGAAGCUCUCUGUUCGGCAGGCAGCACUCUCUGGAGGAGGAGUUUGUACGAGCCAAAGCUGCUGUGGAGUCAGACACUGAGUUCUGGGAUAAGAUGCAGGCCGAGUUGGAGGAACUCGCGCGAAGAAACUGGCUGGAGGAUUUGGAGAGCAAAGGCAAGACUCCACCCAGCGUUUCGCCCAAUGAGACGGGUUAUUUUUUCCACAUGAACAACCCAUAUAAAGACUGGCCCAAUGCGUUCGAAGAAGGACUGCAGAAAUCCAGAGAGGGCGACCUGAACAGUGCCGUCCAGCUGCUGGAGGCGGCCAUCUUACAGGACCCUCAAGACUCCGAGGCGUGGCAGGUGCUGGGCACCACACAGGCGGAGAACGAGAAUGAGCAGGCCGCCAUCGUCUGCCUUCAGAGGUGUCUGGAGCUUCACCCGAAUAACCUGAGUGCUCUCAUGGCGCUGGCGGUGAGUUUGACCAACGCUGGACGGCAGCAGGAGGCAUGUGAGGCUCUGCACCGCUGGAUCACUCACAACCCCACCUACACACACCUCCUACAGGAGCGCAGUGCUCUGGACGGCUCACCACUGCCCCAACGCAGGGGCUCCAGCAUCUCGCCUACCCCCACUUUCGGAUGCUCUCAGCUGGUGGAGGUGUUGGAGCUUUAUCAGGAAGCCGUACAGCAGAACCCAGGCUGUGUGGACCCUGACCUGCAGACGGGACUCGGUGUGCUCUUUAACCUCAGCUCAGAGUUUGAUAAGGCUGUGGACGCCUUUAAUGCAGCUCUGUCUGUACGGCCUGAGGACUAUCUGCUGUGGAACCGGCUGGGGGCAACUCUGGCUAACGGAGACCGCAGCGAGGAAGCUGUUGAGGCCUACACUCGAGCUCUGGAGCUGCAGCCAGGCUUCAUCCGCUCCAGAUACAACCUCGGGAUCAGCUGCAUCAACCUGGGAGCACACAGGGAAGCGGUGAGUAAUUUCCUGACGGCUCUGAACCAGCAGAGGAAAAGCAGGAGUCACCAGGUGAUGUCCAGCAGCAUCUGGGGGGCUCUCCGCAUCGCUCUGUCGCUCAUGGACCUUCCCGAGCUUUUCCACGCUGCCAGCGUCGGCGAUCUCGACCUCCUCAUGCAGGCUUUCAAUAUAGACAUGUAAUCCUGAACGCCUAUCCACAGAUGUUCGCUAAAAAAGUGAUGAGCGCAGCAAGAGCGCCAGGCUCUGGAAGAAAAAUUUGAGGAAAGCUGUUCGACACACACCUGCUGUGAUUUAUUUAUUUGUAUUUCUGCUGGUGUGGCUGCUACUGAUUUGCAAUUUCACAGAAGAAGGGUGUGGAUUGUAUGUGUAUAAGGGGAUUUGAGAGAUGCUAAAGUGUGUGUGUAUGUUUGAGAGAAAGAGAAAGAGAGAGAGAGAGAGAGACAGAAAGAGAAUACAAGCACAUUUCUGAGAAGACUAUUUCCUAAUAUAGUCUUAUAUUCCUACUGCAUUGUAAAAAUCUUAACGCUGUUUGUAUCCUUGUAUAAGAACCGAAUUAUAGCACAGCGAAAAACACAGUAACGUUUAGCACACGACCUUUAAUAACCUCACAUCCAUCCCAAUCAUACACCAUGAUCUAUAUUUUCAUUUCUUAUGAAGUCCGGCGCCAUUGAAACAUUUGUUUCUUCAGCUGCGUUCGAUAUGCCAGGUUGUAUUUCCCAAAGAGAGCUAAACAGGAUUAAUCCGGGUUGCCAGAUUUUAGAAAAUUUUCCAUUUCAGAUGCGAAGUAUUUACUCCCUUUAAAUUUAUAAUUUUGUAGCUAUUUGGUGAUGAAUCCACACAAAACAGUCCAUAAUAUUGGAAGAAAAUCACUAAUUUCAGUCUCUUCAGGGGGUGAAUACUUAUGCUAGGUACUGGAUAAUCAUGAUUAAUAUUCAGAAUGUAUAUACAGGUUUGUAUACCUAGAAUUCUGUUAUAUGGGAAAUGCAAAUUAAGGGGUAAGAAAGUUUUGCACGCAAUUGUGUGGAAUAUUUUAGCUGACACUGUUUAAGGCAUGCUAAACCGCUAGCUACAAGCGUGCUCUGCUCGUUAGCUACAUUAGCCGUGUCGCUCCAGUGUAUAUCUACAGAAAGCAGAGCCGCAGUUCUGCUUCUCGGCCUCACAAUGGCACUGUUGCCGCACCAAGUCACCCCAAUGACCCCAGGGUGAUGAGUGACAUUAAGUGCGUCUCUCCUCGGGACACAGCAGUCCCUCUGAGGCAUGUCAUGUGCCCAGGUGUGCCAGCAGGAUGUGCUGCCCCGAGCCAUCUGUGUUCCAGCGCUCCCCUUUGACUGCGCAGAGCUCGGGGACUCCGCAGGGCGCCGACUUCAAACGCCGUGCAUGAAAGGUCACGGCAAAAAUAAAAAAAAAGAAAGAAACUACAGCAUCAUGUUGAAAGUGGGGAAAUGUCUGAAAGCGCAAUAGCACAAAAGGCCAAGCUGAUACUAAACCUGUUCCCAGAUACAUACAGGUGACAAAAACCAGCAGCAUCACCUGCAGCGGAUGGGUUUUCAAAGGUCAAAGGUCAUUUGCAAACUAUUUUAGGGUCAGAUGUAAUAAGAUCCUAUGAUUAUAUAUUAUAUCUUAUAAUAGUAAAGCAUAAGUUGUCAAGCAGGGGUUAUGAGAACGGUUAUACGCUUCCCCUUCUCCAUAUGCAUGUGACUUCACGUGGAACAAAAUCCCAUUAAAAAUUAAGAUGUGAAAUGAAUCAGGUGAGAAAAGCACA